AUGGUUCCAUAUCGAGAUUCAAAGCUAACCCAUCUAUUCAAGAACUACUUCGAUGGGGAGGGGAAGGUUCGGAUGAUCGUGUGUGUGAAUCCAAGGGCUGAGGACUAUGAAGAAAGCUUGCAAGUCAUGAGAUUUGCUGAAGUAACGCAAGAAGUCGAAGUAGCAAGACCAGUAGACAAGGUGAUAUGUGGCCUGACACCGGGGAGUCGGUACAGAAACCUGCCUCAGGGAGGCCCAGUUGGAGAUGAACCUUUGAUGACUGAAGUGAUUCUACAGAGCUUCCCACCACUGCCCCCUUGCAAGCUUUUGGAUAUCAAUGAUGAGGAGACCUUUCCAAACAUGAUUGACGCUUUGGAGAAACGGCAUCACCAACGACAACUAUCGAUUGAGGACCUUAACAAACGAUGUGUAGCUUUCAAAGCCUUACUAAAAACACUUGACAGUUCUCUAUCAAAUAAAGAAAACUACAUUCAGGAAAAACUAAAUGAAAAAGAAAAAUUGAUCUUGGGACAGAAAUCGGAAAUAGAGCGACUGGAGAAGAAAAACAAAACUUUGGAGUACAAGAUUGAGAUUUUGGAGAAAACAACUACAAUCUAUGAAGAAGAUAAACGCAGUCUGCAGCAGGAACUUGAAAGCCAGAAUCAGAAGCUUCAGCGGCAGGUUUCUGACAAGCGCAGAUUAGAAGCCAGGUUACAAGGCAUGGUGACAGAAACGUCGAUGAAGUGGCAGAAGGAAUGUGAGCGUCGGGUGGCAGCCACCCAGCUAGAGAUGCAGAAUAAACUCUGGGUCAAAGAUGAAAAGCUCAAACAGCUGAAGGCCAUUGUGACUGAACCCAAACCUGAGAAACCAGAGAGACCUUCCCGGGAGCGGGACAGGGAGAAAAUCAUUCAGAGAUCUGUCUCUCCUUCGCCUGUGCCUCUUUCUAGUAACAAUAUUGCUCAGCUUUCCAACAGCCAGCAACUCAUGAGCCAGCCACAGCUCCACAGACGCUUUAACUCUUGCAGCAGCAUUUCUGUAGCUUCCUGUAUUUCGGAAUGGGAGCAGAAACUAUCUCCAUUCAGCACACCUGUCAAUGUCACCUCUCUUGCAAGGCAUAGGCAGCAGGAACCAGGACAAAGUAAAUCGUGUGUCGUGUCAGACAGAAGGCGAGGGAUGUGCUGGACUGAAGGCAGGGAGAUGGUCCCUACAUUCAGCAGUGACAUAGGCAUAGAAGAGGACCAUUGCCGCAGGGGUGAUGUUUAUAAGACGAGAGGUGGUGGACAAUCAGUUCAGUUUACUGAUACCGAGACUUUAAAACAAGAAUCGCCAACUGGUAGUCGAAAACGAAGAUCGUCCACACUAGCACCUGCCCAACCAGAUGGUACAGAGUCUGAAUGGACCGAUGUAGAAACAAGGUGUUCUGUUGCUGUUGAAAUGAGGGCAGGAUCUCAGCUGGGACCCGGAUAUCAGCUCCACGAACAACCCACUAUGGCUGAGCUGAGAGCACAUGGAAAGAGAUGA